AUGAAAACAUCUUACGGAUCCGAUGUUACGUUGGAUGAAAAAUGUGCCGAUGAAAAAUAUACUUUCAGGCGAAUUCACGUGCAAGACAUCAUAGUUACUGACGAUACGAUACUGGACAAAUACAAAGGCAAAAUAAAACUGAAUAAACUUGGAAACGGUCUUACCGUGGUUAAUUUCACUACCUCAGAUGAAGGAUUGUACAUGUGGCACUGCGACUUUGACGGCAAGAAUUAUUGCAUCCUAAUAACUAUUUAUAAUAAAGAAACGCUGCAAACUUCAAACUGGUUCAGCAUGUUGGGAGUUAACAUCAUAAUUGCCAUGUGCGGUCUCAUAAUCUUCCUCAUCUUUGCCCUCGCCAUCAUGGUGAAUAAAAUGAAGAGAGAUGGACAUGAAAGAAAAGAGGACGGGUCAACCUGCGAGAAAACCGCCGAAGCAAACCAGCAGAACGUUGGCGAUUACUUGACCAGCCACGUCGUUAGCGAUGAUUUCUACAGCCACCUUCUCAUAAAAAUUCCUGAAUAA